GUGACGUUUCAAUGCAUGCCCAGUAUCGCCGUUGCUGUUGUUGAUGACGUCCAUCGGUAACUUCGAAUUCAGAAUCUUAGACCAUGGCUGUCCAACAGGAUCCUCAAUUUGAGAAGAAGCUGCAAGUACAACCCAUCAACGAUGAAGAUAAAGAGAAAGAAAAGCCACGUGGUAACUGUGUCACGUUCUUCACGUACUUUGCAGAAAGUACUUCGUUCAUGGGAAUACCCAAGAUAUGGGCGUCACCACGACUUGUAUUCAAGGUGAUGUGGGCGUUGUUCUUCCUGGCCGCUACUGGCGUGAUGAUCGCUCAGCUUGUCCAACUCUUCACAACCUUCUACAGCUACCCCAUCAAGACCUCGGUGAAACUCGGCUUCACGUCUCUCCCGUUCCCCACCGUCACCAUCUGCAACAUGAACCCCAUCAUGUUAUCUAAGGCCCACAUGUUGGACUGCAGUAUACAGAAACUCCUGAAAAUACCUUCUUCUUACCAGAGUGACGAUUGUGUGAACGCCACCGACGAAGUAGACCUGACAACCUUCACGGAGUACGUGUGCGACGAGGACGGGUGUUAUGAGGAGGAAACGAGUGGCCUGGACGAUGCUUUUGUCAGGAAGCAGAUGAUCGCCGACUAUCUGGGAGGAGAGUAUGAAGACAUCCGGCAGAGCGUUGGCCAUGACCUUGAAACUAUGCUGAUUGAGUGCUCUAUCAAUGGACGAAAGUGCAGUUCCAGCAACUUUACGACGUUUUUGUCCAGAGAUCUUGGAAACUGCUACACUCUCAAGAACAAGGGAUUCAAAGCUACGAAAAGCGGACCAGAAUCAG